AUACGUCAGUAGAAUUUCAUAUCGUCAACAUCACAUACCCUAAGUAACUACCAUAAUGGCAACAAAUAAAAGUUAUGUCCCGUAUUCACUGAACGGUGACAAAGAUCAGGAUGAGAAACUUCUCCAACCAAUCGCAUACUUUCAACAAGCAGCGGGUGGGCACCCACGUGAAAAACUGACGCUUGCUAUGAACUAUUGGUUAAAAAUUCCGAUUGAAAAGCUCCAGGCUAUCAGUGAUAUAAUGAAAAUAAUGCACCAUUGCAGUUUACUAAUAGACGAUAUUCAAGACAACGCGACCCUACGUGGAGGAAUUCCAACUGCUCACAUGAUCUACGGUCUUCCUAGUACAAUUAAUACGGCUGGUUAUGCUUUAUUCAUGACAAUCGAGAGAGUACUAGCUCUUAAUCAUCCUAAGGCAAUUCAAGUGUAUGUAGAAGAAUUGCUAGAAUUGUGGAGAGGACAGGGGAUCGAUAUUUACUGGCGCGACAACUACAUAUGUCCGUCUGAGGCUGAGUACAGACUAAUGGCGAUACAAAAACUUGGAGCUUUAUUCAAACUGGAUGCCUGCCUGAAGCAAGUAUUUUCAGACUGCAAGAAAGAUUUUUCCACGCUCAGUGAACUUCUGGGAGUCUAUUUUCAGAUCAGAGAUGACUACUGUAGUCUCUGCAUGCAGGAGUAUCACGACAAGAAGAGCUACUGCGAAGAUUUCACAGAAGGAAAAUUCAGUUUUCCGAUAAUCUACGCUAUUCAGAGUAAACCAGAGGGCAAAGAAAUCAUGAACAUACUGUCGCAAAGAACAAAAGACCCGAAGGUGAAGAAAAAUGGCAUAACACUUCUCGAAAAAUGUGGCGCAUUCGCAUACACGAGAACUACCCUCGAGGAGUUAAACAGAAAAAUUCGUGACGAGGUGGAGAAAUUGGGUGGAAAUCCGCUGUUAAUUGAAGUACUUGAUGAUUCACUCGAUUGGCAAGAGUUGAAAUGUUGCGGGCAGUAGGAUACGAUGAAUCAGCCUGCACGCCGCUGUGCCGAGGAUCAACCGCAACCCGAUCAAGUUUUAUAUUUGUGUUGCUUCGUUUAUUCAUUUAUUUUCAAUAUUUAAAUUUUAUUUGUCGAUGUUGAGUGCUGUUGGUUGGAAAAAAUUUGUCCCCGAGUAUGAAUUGCUAUAUAUAUUUGUUAAUUCAAUAUUUUUUAUGGAUAUGUGUACUACCGCAUGCAACCUCUCACUUGUGUAUUUUUAUACAACGAUGUUCUCCUAAUUUGUAGGUAUCAACAUUUUACAUUUAAUUAGACUAGCGCUGUACAUCUUGACUUGUUUUAGUGCAUACGCUCACCGUGGUUUUAUCCCAAAAAUGAGGUCUACGGCAAAACUCAUGUUGAUUUAGACUACUUCAGGGUCGUAGAACACGAAUAUCUCGGUUAUUUUUCCGUGCGAGUUGUCUGCCAUUGUUAUAAACAAUUUAAUUGUUUAAACGCUAAUAACUCUCAAGUUAUGGGAGCUACAGAAAAGAAGUUCUUACAAAAUUUGUUUGUCUUCUCAAGACGAACAAAAUGAUUUUUAUUUUUCUCGUUAGCUUUAUUUUUAACGGAGUUAUGAUUAAUUAAACGUUUGAGGAGCACCGCGUAGGAUCGUGCGCCGUGCGAGGUGUGACGCGCACACGUUGUCUUAUGGUUAGGCCCUUAAUAAAUACGAAGAACUGUUCCUCCUCAAUUUUAUUUUUAUUCAUUAAAAAGAUUCUGACAUAUUCCAUUGACUUGAUAUUUACAAAAUGCAAUGUAAGGUUUCUCUGCCCUUGCGCAAUGGCAACUUCCUCGUUUACAUUUUGCAUCAGUGCAAUCGGAGACUAAAUCACUUAUCGAUGGAUAAAGUUCUGUCAGUUUUCGGACUCCAACAUAGAAUCAUAGAAUCAAAACAUAACAGCAAUAGGUGUAUGCAGUCGACGGCAACAAAUAACAACAUAACACCGCUAACGUCGGCCCGGGCAGGACGAGCGUAGCCGCUCGCAUGACUUCCCCAGCCAAGGGCACGUCUCUUAUCAUAACUCUGCCAAAAAUGAAGCCAUCGAGAAAAAUAAAGGACGAUUUUGUUCAUCUUGAGAAGGCAAACAAAUUUUGUAGGAACUUUUUUUCCGUAGCUCCCAUAACUUGAGAGUUAUUAGCGUUUAAACAAUUAAAUUGUUUAUAACAAUGGCAAAGAAAUCUCUUACGGAAAAAUAACCGUGAUAUUCGUGUUCUACGACCCCGAAUUAGUCUAAAUUAACAUAGUUUUCCCGUAGACCUCAUUUUCGGGAUAAAACCACGGUGGGCGUAUGGACUAUUUAUAAAAUUAAAAAUUUAACGAAUUUGAAGGACACAGCAUAAAUUGUAAGUUUCUAAUCGUCAGUUUAGUUGUAAAUUGUCGUUUUCUAGUUGUAGUGUCAUUUUCUUUCGAUUUACCUCUCAAUUCGUAGUUUUGCCUGAUGCUAAGAUAACAUCUGCAAGACUUUUCGCUGAAUAUAAUGAAAUUGAAAAAUU